UAUCCCAUCCCACAAAUCAACAAUAUUUACAAAUAUGUUGAGCAUUGUAGCUUUAUUAUUUAUUACGAUUGUGCAGAUAUUCUGCGACGAUGAUCUUAUAUUGACUUUACCGAACGGAAAGAUUCGAGGAAUUUCAGUUACUCCCCCGGUUACUGGCAACCUUACAUAUUAUGCAUAUUUAGGAAUUCCUUUUGCUGCACCACCAGUAGGUAAUCUAAGAUUCCAGCCACCACAACCAUCUGCAAAUUGGGAUGGAAUUUUGGAAGCCAAUAAUAAUUCCGUGUCUUGCUAUCAAGUAGGCGUAGAAGAUGAUUAUCAAACAGAAGAUUGUCUUUAUUUGAGUGUCUACACUCCACUAAAGCCUUCGAAUUCAGGAAAAUUACCGAUUGUAGUUUCUAUCUAUGGUGGAGCAUUUAUUCACGGUCAUGCUUCUUAUGAUGGCAAAGUAGCUGCUUUUCUCAUAAGUCAUGAUGUGAUUCUUGUUUCAUUCAAUUACCGUGUUGGACCUUUUGGAUUUCUAUCUACUGGCGAUACAGUAAUCCCUGGAAAUAUGGGGUUGAAAGACCAACAAUUAGCUUUGAAAUGGGUGAAUCAAAAUAUUGAAUUCUUCGGUGGAGAUCCACAAAAGGUAACCAUCUUGGGUCAGAGUGCUGGGUCAGCUUCUGUCACCUACCAACUUCUCAGUCCAGGAUCUGCAGGACUUUUUAGGGCCGCAGUAGGAAUGAGCGGAUCCGUUUUGUGCGAUUGGGCACAACAAAGAAACGCUGUGGAGACAGCUUAUGGUAUAGCUGCUGAAAUUGAUCCUAGUUUCCAGAGAACCAGAUCUACACAAGAUUUAUCAGACUUCUUACUGAAUGUUGAUGCAUCUUUAAUACUCAAAACCAAUAAUACGUAUAAUGUAUUUUCACCGGUCAUAGAAGUACCUCAUGAAGGCGCUUUUAUUUCUGAUGUUAUGUACACUUCGGUUGAGAAUGGUUCAUUCGCCAAAGUUCCAGUUUUAAUGGGUUUCAACUCAGAAGAAAGUUUAGGAAAGGUACAAGAUAUGGAUUCAUGGAAGAAACAGGUUGAAAAAUUGGAUGAAAAUCCGCGUUUAUUAGUUGAUGACGAUAUGUAUAUUACUGAUGACGAUGUGAAAUUAGAAGUAGGUAAGAAAAUAAGAAGUAUAUAUAUGGGAGAUCAGCCAUUUGGUAAUAACGUUGGAAAAGCCGUACAGUAUUAUAGCGACAACAGUUUCAUCAGGCCAAUCUUAAAAUUUGCCGAGUUACUCUCACAACACGUUGAUUUAUAUUUUUACGAAUUCUCUUAUCAUGGUGAAUUGGGACAAAACAAUGUUUCCAUACCCGGUAUUGGCAGAGUAAAACAUGCAGAAGAUCAGUGGUAUUUUUGGCCUCAGUACGAUAGCUAUGAUGAAUUUCCUGAAUCAGAUGUCAAAACAUUGAAAAGAUACGUAAAAUUAGUAGCUAAUUUUGUGAAAUAUCUAAACCCCACACCUGAAAGAGAAGAGUUACUCGAUAAUAUCACGUGGCCAAUCGCAUCAAGCGACUAUCUCACCUAUUUGAGCAUUGACGAUAAUUUGAGCUUGAGUCGAAACCCACGAAACUUCUCGUACGGACCAUGGUUAGAAAUAUUCGAGGAAUAUGUUCCGAAGGGAAUAUUCUGCGACGAUGAUCUUAUAUUAACCCUACCGAACGGAAAAAUUCGAGGAAUUUCAGUUACUCCCCCAGCUACUGGCAACCUUACAUAUUAUGCAUAUUUGGGAAUUCCUUUUGCAGCACCACCAGUAGGUAAUCUACGAUUUCAGCCACCACAACCAGCUCCAAAUUGGGAAGGAAUUUUGGAAGCCAAUAAUAAUUCCGUGUCUUGCUAUCAAGUGGAUAAGGACGAGAAGUAUCAAACGGAAGAUUGUCUUUAUCUGAGCGUUUUCACACCACUAAAACCUUCGGAUUCGAGGAAGUUACCAGUUCUGGUUUCUAUAUAUGGAGGAACAUUCAUACACGGCCAUGCUUCUUAUAGUAGCAAAGCACCAGCUUUCCUCAUAAGCCAUGAUUUGAUUCUUGUAACAUUCAAUUAUCGUGUUGGACCUUUUGGAUUUUUAUCAACUGGUGAUACAGUUAUUCCCGGAAACAUGGGAUUGAAAGACCAACAGUUAGCUCUGAAGUGGGUCCAUCAAAAUAUUGAGUUUUUCGGUGGUGAUCCACAACAAGUAACCAUCAUGGGACAGAGCGCUGGAUCGGCAUCAGUUACCUAUCAACUUCUCAGCUCUGGAUCAGCAGGACUGUUUAGGGCGGCAAUAGGAAUGAGCGGCUCUGUUUUGUGCGAUUGGGCGCAACAAAGAAAUGCUGUGGAGACAGCUUAUGGUAUAGCUGCUGAAAUUGACCCCAGUUUUGAGAGAACUAGAUCUACAAAAGAAUUAUCGGACUUCUUACUGAAUGUUGAUGCAGGUCUAAUAGUCAAUACUCAUGAUAAGUAUAAUGUAUUUUCACCGGUCAUAGAAGUACCUCAUGAAGGAGCUUUCAUUUCCGAUGUUAUGUACACUUCGGUGGAAAACGGUUCAUUCACAAAAGUUCCAGUUUUAAUGGGAUUCAACUCAGAAGAAGGUAUAGGAAUGGCAAAAGAUAUGGAUUCAUGGAAGAAACAUGUUAAAAGAUAUGAUGAAGAUCCUCGUUCAUUGGUUGAUGACGAUAUGUAUAUUACUGACAAUGAUGUAAAGUUAGAAGUAGGUUAUAAAAUAAGAAGUAUUUAUAUGGGAGAUCAGCCAUUUGGUGAUAACGUUGGAAAAGCUAUACAGUAUUAUAGUGACAACAGGUUCAUUAGGCCAAUUUUGAAAUUUGCCGAGUUAAUCUCAGAGCACGUUGAUUUAUACUUUUACGAAUUCUCCUAUCAUGGUGAAUUAGGACAAAACAACGUUUCAAUACCGGGCAUUGGCAAAGUAGCACAUGCAGAAGAUCAGAAAUACUUAUGGGCCAACUACGAUAACUAUGAUCAAUUUUCUGAGUCAGAUGUCAAAACUCUACAAAGAUAUGUGAAAUUGGUUGCUAAUUUUGUGAAGUUUUUAAACCCUACACCUGAAAGCGAGGAGCUUUUUGAUAAUGUCACAUGGCCAACCGCAACAAGUGACUCAUUUACCUAUUUGAACAUCGAUGAAAAUUUGAGCUUGAAUAAAAACCCACGAAACUUCUCAUACGGACCAUGGGUAGAUAUUUUCGAAGAAUAUGUUCCAAAGCCAUUCAUUUCUUUCUAAAUACUGAAUCAAUAAAAAAUGUCAUUUA